AUGGACGAAAUGCUACAUAGCACAAUUAGUUUUAACAGUUUUCAAAUACCUUUACAACAUUUUCUAUCACAUUACAAUGAGUCACUAACUUGUCGUUCUAUAGCAGCUCCUUUCAGUAUACUGAGUAAAAUUUUAGUCUUUUACGAAGGUUGUUCUAUUCAGAGUAAAUACAAAUGUUGUACUCCUUUGUCCUCAUUCUAUUUGACUGUGUUGAAUAUUGAAGGAACGCGCGUCAUGCGCUAUUUGGAUCUGUUAUCAGUCAAAUAUCGUUGA